AUUACGUUCUGUAUAUCCCUGUCAAAUUGUUGUUACACACGUGUGUAACACAUAUUCGGUAUCAUUGGGGAUACUAACUUCUACACAUUCGUGUCUACCAGGAUUCCAGCAGUCGAUGAUCAUCUGCAUUUCAUAAUGCAGGUAUCAGCUGGCUUCAUUGCUGGAUCAUAUUUAUUAUCGCAUUUCGUUCCAGCUGGUGUACGGGCUGAGACAUCUGGCGCUAUACUUCGCUUCUUACAGGCUCAGGAGGCUAGGUUGAAAGACAAGUUACCUGGUCCCCAAGCUGAGGAAGAUGAAAGCAGAUCUGAGCCAACAUGGUUGGAGGAGCAGGACCGAUUGGCUGAGUACGAAUCAUCGCAGUCUGAGAGGGCCAAUGACAUGACUGUGAAGGCAAUCCAAAAGAAGCGCGCCGCUAAUAUUUUACGUUCAUAUGCGGAAGGCAUUCAUGCCGAGUUGGAAAAGGUCAAAUCGUUGCCGGGUGACCAUUCGGACCAAGAAAUGAUGUUGACAGUCCAGCUCGAGGCCAACUUGGCGCGUGUGGCAUUGCUUCACAAGCAGGCUGAUUUAUUGCGUCAUCAGGCCACUCUUGCUAAAAACAGGUUGAAUACAGUCCAUUCCGGAACUGGCCAUUCUACUAUUUUGAACCCUGACUGUAAUAUGUUAAAAAUCGGCCCACUGUUCUACUCUGCUUUGAGUGAUGACAUUAACCACAAAGAUCGUAUACCUCUGAUGGCCAAGUUGAAUGGGAAUUCUUUGAUGAUAUACCAUGAACGGAAACCUCAGUUUACUUUUUAUUUGGUUGACAUGGAGUUGCCUGCAAGACCAGUUGAAAAUGCUCCUAGUUGCUUUACAUUUAUAUAUCGGGGUGCUGAGCAGGCUUUAUGUGCUGGUACUGAGACUUCAUGUCACACUUGGAUGAAUGCUUUGACUGAGGCUUGGUUCUGCCGCAAUGAGGGCAUUAAGGGUACCAUGGUUAAUAAGAACUCGGGUAAGGGCGAUAGCGACGAAGAAAAUAAUUCCGUCGACGAGGACGAAAAGGACCAUAAAAAGGUUGAUCGCGAAGGUGAUGAAGAUGACAGCGAGGACCAUGACGAAGAGGAAGAUGAGGACGAAGACGCGGAGAAGCAUCACGGUUCUAAAGACAAGAGCGAUGCAAAAGCGGGCAAGAAAGCAUCGAACGACAACAUCAUGAAGCACGCAUUGAAGCAGCCAGACAAGGGUUUGAUUAACAUGGAAGUUUACGUUGACAAGAAGAACAAGACUCACAUGUUGGUCAAUGGGAAAGAGAAGCCUGUAUCUGCUACAUCUGAUAUCAUAAAUAUUAAGGAGAUUUUGGGUGACCUUGGCACGAAGGGAGGCAGUAAUGAGACGAGCGCUGAUCACAAGUCCCCCGUGGCGACAUAAAACCCUGUAUAUAAUAUGACAAAUAG